AUGGAACAAGUUCAAACACCCUCUGGAGAGAAAUUCCUGGUGACCCUUCUCUCCGGAGAUGCGGAAGGGAUGGCGGAGCGAAUAUCGGGUCCUUCAGUUCUUGAAGUGAAGCUCUCUAGUGAUGAUCACCAUGGAUCUGCACCCGCGAUCAAUCUGUUGAAUUCCCUUGAAAACAUUCUUCGAAAUAAACCCGACAGACCGAAACGAAAUUUCAACAAUUCCCUCGCGACCCGGGCUUACGGUUGCAAGUACUGCAAGGCGAAGUUCGACACCUUGCAGUCCUUGGGGGGCCACCAGAACGCCCACAGGCGCCAGCGUGCCGCGGAAAGGCAGGCGAAAGAGAGAACGUGGAACACUUAUGCCUUCUCUCAGGCGAACCCUUAUUUUGACCCAAGUUGUUUUGGUGUGCAGGCAAUUCCUGUCCCGGGGCACCCCAUGGCCUGUAGGCCUCGUGCUAGGCCUCGUGCUUUUCCCGCGCCUACCAAUGUUGUCGAACCUACCUAUGGGUGGACGCUGAAGCGGACAAUGAUAAUGAAUCCUCAAGCCUCAGCGUGGCCUCGACCGGCCAUGGCGAAUCAGCUGAAUGGAAUGGCGUAUCGACCUAUGAACUAUAAUGGCGACCCUCACUUCUGUACCAAGGUUCCUCCUCAGAGCACAGGACCGAGACCACCAUUUGCCAAUGUUUUUGCCAAUGGAAGCUCCUCCGGCACUCAGGGACUCGAAAAUGGAGGGUUGGACUUGUCACUUAGGCUCUGA